UGCCACUCUGCUCUGGCCAACUCUCUGGCCUGGGCAGUCCAAGAGCACAAAGAGGAACGCUGCCCCGCGCCGCUAGGCGACUGCGCAAGGAAGACGAGGCUGCCCGACGGCGUGCGGCGCUCGGAUUGUGCUGUGGACGAUCGCUGGCGCUGAUAGGCGACGGAGGCGGCGGGUGCAGCCCGGAGGAUUGCUGGCUCACAAGCACACAUUAUGUCCGCUAAAGCGCAUAAUAUGUCCGUCCCCUCCCGCAAAAGCGGCAAAAGAGGCGGAAUAAAGGGCUUGGCAAAGGGCGGGGCCAGGCGCCACCGGGACCUGCCGCGGGGCGAACCGAUCGUCUUUGUUGACUGCCCGGACCCGGACAACUUCGUGCUCGUCGUCGCGGCGAAUCUGUUGAGAGGGUGCACGCGCGUCGUGCUGACCGGCCGGCCGGCGAACUUUGGCGUGGCGUCGCGGCCCUUUUCGGUGCGCACGUGCGCCCGGGCGGCCGACGAAGUGGACGUGGCGAGCGAUUCCGUCCUGGCGCUGCGCGCCACGGCGGCGCACCUGCGGAGCGUGGCCGCGUCGCAGGGCUGCUCCGACCUAAAAAUAUACGACGGCGGCGUCGCCCCGGACGCGCCGGUCGCCCACGCCGAGCACGUCCACGAGUUUCUUUUUGGAAGGAGCGACCUCGGCGAGUCUGAUCAGGGCGUCCUCACCAUCGAGGCGUAUCGCAAGGUCGUGGCCGACUUGGACGCGGAGGCCGACCGGGGUCCCGCGCUACGAGCUCUGCUGGAGGCGCGCGUCGACGACCUCCUGCCGCUCUCGAGUCUCGUCGAGGACCUGGAUGGUAAGGUCGAGUGCCUCGUCGGGGGCCCGUUCACGGCGCUCGCGGAGCUCUGCGACGACGACGCGUUCCGGGACAAGGUCUUAAACGUGAGGGCCAUGGCCUGCGCGUGGGAUAGCCGGAACAACCUCUUCGCGAACCAGUUCAACGUCGGAGCCGACCUGCAAGCGGCGACCUUCGUCCUCGGAAAGGAUUCGGAGCUCACGUGCACGAGGACGCUGUACACGACGGACUUCUGCAAGGCGGUGCUCACUAUAUCUAUGGAGGAGGUCGCGGCGGCCGCGUCGCCGCGGCUCGCCGCCCUCUACCGCCUCUGGGACGCGCUGACGGGGAACCGCGGGUCCGUGACGAUUUUCGACGUCGCGCCGCUCCUCGGCGCGCUGGCGGACGACGGACACAUGUCCCUCCUCGUGCCCGCGGAGUGUUCUCUGGAGGACGGCGUCUUCCGCUUGGAGGAGAGCAUAGGACGGUGCGGCGUCUGGGCGACGGCGCGUGCGGCCGGGUCCGUGCGGGCCGCGCUGUUGGACAUGCUCCGGCGCUGCGCGGCGACGGCGGCGAAGCGUGCGCGCGAGGGAGAUGAUGGUGCGGGGCCUUCGCCGAAGGCUGCGAGGAGUAAUAGUCCUGCUACCUGA